UUGCCGUUGGCCUGUACUUUCCCCAGAAGGUGUAUGAGGAACACGUUUACCUGGAACAACCGGAAGGGACACCUUUAUUACAACUCCAUGCCUUAAAAGAUUCAGAAGAGGAAGAAGCUUUCUAUUGUUUAGUCCCAGAUACGGGAUCCAAAAACACCUGGUUUCAGGUUGGCGAGAGAACGGGACUCCUAUACCUCAGCAAGAGUCUGGAUAGAGAAGACUUCAUUGUCCUUUCUUCGGGAAAUCGAGAGGCCAAAGUCGUGCUCCGCGUUUUCCUCUCUGCCAAACCUUUCCAAGCCAAAACCUGUCUUGGCUCGGCUAUGACUUUGGUCAAACUCUUGGUCAUCAACGGCACCGUGCCAGCAUGCAGCCAGCUUUGUUUUCCUGACAUGGACCUCUCUUUUCAAAUCAUGGAGAACAAGCCCCCUGGAAUCUUCCAUCAGCUCCAGUCUUUUGCCCUGCAGUACCAGUGUCACAAUGUCAGCAUUUCCUACAAGCUUAUCACAGAUGAGAACCUGCCCUUUUAUUAUAAUGAGGAGACCACCACUAUAGGAGUGUCCAAACCCCUCGACCGAGAAGAACGGGAAAAGUACGAGAUGUUGGCUCAGUGCACCUUGAAGGAAGGCUCCCAGGAGACGCUCAAGGAGGUCCCUCUGCUCAUCCAUAUUCUGGAUGAAGACGACAUGCCUCCUUUCCUGUCCAAUGGGACCAGCACAACGGACGCCAUAGUGGAGUUCAAAAGAGAAGAG